GAGCGUAGUCAAUGGGAAGGGAACGCCGCGUUGGAAAAAGCGCACACUGUUUAGCCAACUUUCAACUACACCAUGGUUUGCACCUCAGUUUCGUGUGUGUGGAUUAUAUUUUGCCUUCAUUUAUGUUUUUAUGUGAACACUGGAAUAGCACAGAACACAAGAGAGGUGAUCCUGCUGGAUUCAAAGGCGCAGCAGACAGAGCUGGAAUGGAUAUCGUCUCCUCCAAGCGGGUGGGAAGAGAUCAGCGGCUUGGAUGAAAACUACACACCCAUUCGCACAUACCAGGUCUGCCAGGUCAUGGAGCCAAAUCAGAACAAUUGGCUACGGACUAACUGGAUUGAAAAGGGCGAUGCCCAGAGGAUUUUUGUGGAGCUGAAGUUUACCUUGAGGGAUUGUAACAGCCUUCCAGGGGUGGUUGGCUCUUGCAAGGAGACGUUCAACUUGUACUACCAGGAAACCGAUGUGGAGGUGGGCAGGAAUAUAAGGGAGAGUCAGUAUGUGAAAAUUGACACUAUAGCCGCGGACGAGAGUUUCACUCAGGGUGACCUGGGGGAAAGAAAGAUGAAGCUCAACACAGAGGUGCGUAUAAUCGGGCCCCUUUCUCGCCGAGGCUUCUACUUAGCCUUUCAGGAUGUAGGCGCCUGCAUUGCUUUGGUCUCCGUCAAAGUGUAUUAUAAGAAGUGUUGGUCGAUUAUUGAGAACCUGGCCACGUUCCCAGAUACAGUGACAGGUUCGGAGUUUUCAUCUCUGGUGGAAGUGGAGGGCACAUGCGUCAACGAUGCAGAGGAGGAGGCCGACAAUUCUCCCAAAAUGCACUGCAGCGCAGAAGGAGAAUGGCUGGUGCCCAUUGGGAAAUGUAUAUGCAAAGCUGGAUUUCACCAGAAGGGAGAUGCAUGUGAACCCUGUGGUCGUGGAUUCUACAAGUCUUCAUCUCAGGAUCUUCAGUGUUCCCGUUGUCCCGCACACAGUUAUAAUGACAGAGAGGGCUCGUGGAGAUGUGACUGUGAGGACGGCUACUACAGAGCCCUCUCCGACCCCCCUUCAGUCUCCUGCACUAGGCCACCAUCAGCUCCUCAGAAUCUGCUUUAUAAUAUCAACCACACCACCGUCAGCCUGGAGUGGACCCCACCAGCCGACACAGGCGGGCGAAACGAUGUGACAUACCGGAUUAUAUGCCGCCGCUGCACUUGGGAGCCCGAGGAGUGCUUUCCUUGCGGGAGCAACGUUGGCUACUCACCGCAGCAGAGUGGAUUAACGGACACCUACGUCACCAUCACCGACCUGUUGGCUCACGCAAACUACACCUUCGAGGUCGAGGCUGUGAACGGCGUGUCUGACCUCAGCCGAACCCAACGCCUAUUUGCAGCCGUCAGCAUCGCAACCAGCCAAGCAGGAUCUACUUUCUUUACAAAUAUAAGUGUACACUUCUACACUAGCGCUGACAUGUUUGAAGUCACAGCUCCGUCUCAAGUGAGCGAGGUGAUAAAGGAGCGAGUUCAGCAGCACAGUGUUCAGCUCUCCUGGCAGGAGCCCGAUCAACCCAACGGCGUCAUCACCGAAUAUGAGAUCAAGUACUAUGAGAAAGACCAGAAGGAUCGCAUUUACUCCACCGUGAAGUCAAAGUCCACUUCAGCCACAGUCAAUAAUCUAAAGCCCAGCACGGCGUACGUCUUUCAGAUCCGAGCUUUCACCGCUGCCGGAUAUGGCAUCUUCGGGCCCAGACUGGAGGUCACCACUAAAGAGGAAUCCACUGGAUCUGCCACAGUGAUCUCGAGUGAGCAGAAUCCAGUGAUCAUCAUUGCAGUGGUGGCAGUAGCUGGUACCAUCAUUCUGGUCUUCAUGGUGUUCGGCUUCAUCAUAGGGAGAAGACACUGCGGCUACAGUAAGGCAGAUCAGGAAGGGGACGAGGAGCUCUACUUUCAAUUCAAAUUUCCAGGCACCAAAACCUACAUUGACCCUGAAACCUACGAGGACCCGAACAGGGCCGUCCAUCAGUUCGCCAAAGAGCUGGACGCCUCCUGCAUUAAGAUUGAGAGGGUUAUCGGCGCAGGAGAGUUUGGAGAGGUGUGCAGUGGACGACUCAAGCUGCCGGGGAAGAGGGACGUGUCGGUGGCCAUUAAAACGCUGAAAGUAGGCUACACUGAAAAACAGAGGCGAGACUUCCUAUGUGAGGCCAGCAUUAUGGGGCAGUUUGAUCACCCUAAUGUGGUGCAUCUAGAGGGGGUCGUCACAAGAGGAAAACCAGUCAUGAUAGUAAUUGAAUACAUGGAAAAUGGCUCAUUAGAUGCAUUCCUCAGGAAACAUGAUGGGCAGUUCACUGUGAUUCAGUUGGUGGGAAUGUUGCGCGGAAUCGCAGCCGGGAUGAGAUACCUCUCAGACAUGGGUUACGUUCAUCGCGAUUUAGCGGCGCGAAACAUCCUUGUCAACAGCAAUCUCGUAUGUAAAGUGUCUGACUUCGGCCUGUCCAGAGUGAUUGACGACGAUCCCGAGGCUGUCUACACAACAACGGGGGGAAAGAUCCCGGUUCGGUGGACGGCGAUGGAAGCCAUCCAGUAUCGUAAAUUCACAUCAGCGAGUGAUGUGUGGAGCUAUGGGAUUGUAAUGUGGGAGGUCAUGUCCUAUGGGGAACGGCCUUACUGGGACAUGUCCAAUCAAGACGUCAUAAAGGCUAUAGAGGAGGGAUAUCGUCUUCCCGCCCCCAUGGACUGCCCUCCUGGCCUCCAUCAGCUCAUGCUGGACUGCUGGCAGAAAGACAGAGCCGAUCGGCCCAAAUUUGACCAGAUUGUAGGCAUCUUGGAUAAAAUGAUCCGCAACCCUAACACCUUAAAAACGCCAAUGGGAACGUGUUUACGACCUAUAAGUCCACUACUUGACCAGAACACUCCAGAUUUCACCUCUUUCCGAUUGGUCAGCGAGUGGUUGGAAGCCAUCAAGAUGGAGAGAUACAUGGACAACUUCACAGCCGCCGGCUACAGCUCGCUUGAAUCUGUGGCUCGAAUGACUAUCGAGGACGUAAUGAGUUUGGGAAUCUCCUUGGUGGGCCAUCAGAAGAAGAUCAUGAGCAGUAUACAGACUAUGAGAGCGCAGAUGUUGCAUCUUCACGGGACGGGCGUUCAAGUGUGAUGGGCAUCCACAGCCCCUUCCCAGUUGGAUUAAGCAGAAGUCUCCAGGACAGCACCGCAAAGUGUGUGACACAGCAAACAAAAAUCGGAAAAACUAAACAUUUCUCAAA